CCUCUGUCUCUCUUCCCCCUUUGUUCGUCCCCUGUUUUUAGGGUUUUUGCUUUGCGUUCUACUUUCUUCCAUUUUCGCUCUGCUACUUCUUCGUUAAUAUAAUGAGCAACACCAAAGACAGCUUCAACGUUGCCGAUCUCACCGCUGCUUUGGGUGCUGGGGAUAGAGAAGACCUAGUUAAUGCUCUCAAGAAUAAACUUCAGGAUAUCACUGGGAAGCCCACAAACGUGCUUGAAUGUUUGUCGCCCAAUGUUAGAAAGCGUGUUGAAGUUCUAAAGGAGAUUCAGUCUCAACAUGAUGAAUUGGAAGCGAAGUUUUUUGAGGAGAGAGCUGUGCUUGAAGCCAAAUACCAAAAGUUGUAUCAGCCUCUAUAUACAAAGAGAUUCGAUAUUGUGAAUGGAGUUGUUGAAGUUGACACCUCAGAGACUGAGGCAGCAGCAUUGGACCAGGACGACGGUGAAGAUGCAGUGGGAAAAGGAGUCCCUGAUUUCUGGCUCAUUGCAAUGAAGAAUAAUGAUGUGCUAUCUGAGGAGAUUACGGAGCGAGAUGAAGGAGCACUCAAAUUUCUCAAGGAUAUAAAGUGGGCCAAGAUUGAUAAUCCAAAGGGGUUUAAGCUUGAAUUUUUCUUUGAUACUAAUCCUUACUUCAAGAAUACUGUGCUGACUAAAACGUAUCACAUGAUUGAUGAAGAUGAACCGAUUCUGGAGAAGGCCUUAGGGACCGAGAUAGAAUGGUAUCCCGGAAAAUGUUUGACACAAAAGAUUCUAAAGAAGAAGCCAAAGAAGGGUUCAAAGAAUGCCAAGCCUAUUACUAAAACAGAACAAUGCGAAAGUUUCUUCAACUUCUUUAGUCCACCUCAAGUUCCAGAGGACGAAGCGGAUAUUGAUGAAGAUGCUGCUGAAGAACUUCAAAGUUUGAUGGAACAAGACUAUGAUAUUGGGUCAACUAUUCGAGAUAAGAUUAUCCCGCAUGCGGUUUCUUGGUUCACUGGUGAAGCUGCUGAAGAUGAUUUUGCUGACCUGGAAGAUGACGAUGAUGAAGAUGAUGACGAAGAUGAUGAUGAUGAUGACGACGAGGAUGAGGAAGAGGAGGAUGAUGAAGAUGAUGAGGACGAGGAGGAUGAAGAUGAUACCAAUACCAAGAAAAAGUCAUCUGCUGCGCGCAAGAGGGGUGGUAGAGCACAUGCACCAGCGGGCAGUCAGGCUGGUGAGAGGCCACCAGAGUGCAAGCAACAGUAGUGCUGCAACGAACUGGCGACAUGAAUCGUGAUAUUUGUGCUGAAAAGAUGGAUGGCUUAGAGAAGAGAUCCUGCAAUUUUGUUCACUUGUUAUAUGUGGGGUAUGCUAGAACAUCUAUUUAGUCAUUUUUCUUUUCCUAUAUUUUCUGGUUUAUAUUCUUUCCUUGUGUCGGUUCGCUCUUUUAUAUUCUGGGGUAGAUAGGAAGUGGAAGUGUGAUGGGAGUUGUUGUACUCUUAUUGAAUUCUGUUGGUGAUUUACAAGUUUCAGGUAUAGGUGUAGUUCAGACAUUUCUUUGAUCUUGAGUAAGAUGCCUUUCUUUUCUCCUCUUUUUGGUCCUAAAUAUGGUUCUUGAAUUGGAUGUUGACUCAAUACAAAAUACAGAUUUAUUUGUAUCAGAACUUUUUAUUUGAUUUUA